AUGGAGCAACUAAGUCCGAGCAGUUCCAGCUCCCCAAACCGCAGCCAAGCCCAGAAGCGCCGCCCCAGAAAACCCUUGAACUGCGAUCCCUGCAGACACUCCAAGCUGAAAUGCGACCGGGGACUGCCGUGCGCUACAUGCCUCAAACGAGGCUGGCAAGACUCUUGCGCUUACGGGUCAAACUUUACUGGACCGCAGAAACGACGAAGAACGAGGCUUGAGGCUGUUGAGCCGGUGCCUCAGCAGCAGAUACAGCUUCAAUCUGUAGAGGUUACAGAGACAGUGUCGUCUCCGAGUUCGACGCCUGAGCCGAUACAGCAGCGAUGGGAUCAUAUUCUGCGUCGACCAUCUGUUGAGAGGAGUGUUAUACCAGACUCGCCGAAUCCAACUGUUACUUUGUCCUUUGGGCCUUGCGUUCCAAUCACCGAACUGCUUGCGCUUUUACCGCCGACUUCUGUGACGGAGUACUUGGUUUGCCGCUAUUUUGGAACACUCUCAUCGCUGUUUCAUAUUCUCCAUGGCCCGACGUUCCAGAAUCAGUACUUGGAAUUCCUCGAAGCUCCCGAGAAGACGAGCUUGUCAUGGCUUGCUGUUCUGUUCGCUAUCAUCUCGCUGACUCUAAAGACCAUUGAGCCGACUGAUGCUGGCCUGGUCGUGCUGUGGCAAGACACCACGAUCCCUCGAGAUUUAUCGGUACUGUCACAGAAAUACCGAAAUGCGGCAAUGACGGCCCUUUCGCAAGACCAAUUCCUGGUUCGUCAUGAUCUGAGCACGCUCGAGGCUCUUCUCAUCCUGGUUCAUAUGAUCUCGCAUAACGAAGGACCGGAGUAUGGCUGGGCACUUCUCGGCAGUGCUCUUAACAUCGCCAUUGCCCUACGCUGUCAUACGGAUAUUGAAGGACCUAAUUGUAUUGAACAAGAGCGCCGCCGACGUUGCUGGGCAGGUAUCCUGAUCAUCCAUACCUACCAAGCCCUCUGCUUCAGAGAUAUCGACCUCACGUUCCUGUUGAACAUGAAGGCGACAAUGCCGGCAUGGGUCAACGACAAAGAUAUCCAAGAACACAGUAUAAAACAGUCGCCCAAGGAUUCACCCUGCGAGUUCACCGAUACAUCACUCCUCAAAUUCCAAGUCCGAUUGUUCCAAUUGUCAACACAAAUCUGCUCACAUAUUUCUGGAGACGACAAAUUGAACACCACGAUUUUACACCAGUAUGACACAGCUGUAGCAAAAGAACAAUUGCAAUGGGAUGCGGCAUAUCUCGUCAACGGUCGCCGGAGUAUUCUUAACACAGCAGGCUAUGCGCAUUGGUGCAUGCUCCAAACCUACGCGCAUCAACUCUACCUCCUUCUUCAUCGACCUUUUCACAGCUCCAAGGCGAGCCACUUUCGCGCUGAGUCACGGGACAAGUGCAUAAAGUCAGGUCUUGCCUUGCUUGAUGUCCAUCACCAAUUCUACGAACUGCCGCGACUGAAGUGUUAUCGAUGGCUCGUCAAGGGCGCUAUUAGCUGUAAUGCACUUCACGGAGCUGUUGCGCUUACGUCAUGCAUGCUAGACAUGCCUGAUAACUCUGAUCUGACGGAGCAUAUAUCUACUAUUGAUGCUGCUAUAACGAGAAUGGAAGCCCUCAAGAUGAAGAGUCCGGCUUGUUCAAGUGUUUAUCGCGUUAUCCGUUGUCUACGAUCUUAUCUCUCGAAGCGAGAUCCUGCACCGACUUUCUUGCCUGAAGAUGUCGAGUUGAGGUUCGAGGACUGGGCUACCAAUGUCGACUGGUUCAGACCCGACGGGAUUGACUGGGAACUUUGGGGCUCGGCUUACAUCACUCCACAAACUGAUGAUGCUACGACUAUGAUGACUUGA